AGGAACUACUUCCUUGCCUAUCUUUCUAGGGUAUCAAGGAACAUGAGAAAUGGCACGGCAAUCACAGAGUUCAUCCUCCUAGGCUUUCCUGGUAUCCAAGGACUACAAACCCCUCUCUUCAUAAUGAUCUUUCUCAUCUACAUAUUAACUCUUGCAGGCAAUGGGCUCAUUAUUGCCAUUGUCUGGGCUGAGCCCAGGCUACAAUCUCCAAUGUACUUCUUCCUUUGUAACUUGUCCUUCCUAGAGAUCUGGUACACCACCACAGUCAUCCCCAAAUUGCUAGAAACCUUUGUGGUAGUAAGAACUGUCAUCUGCAUUCCCUGCUGCCUACUGCAGGCCUUUUUCCACUUCUUCCUGGGCACCACUGAGUUCUUGAUCCUCACUGUCAUGUCUUUUGACCGCUACCUGGCCAUCUGCAAGCCCCUUCGCUACCCUACCAUCAUGACCAGCAACCUCUGCCUACAGCUGGCCCUCAGCUCCUGGGUGUCGGGCUUCACCAUCGUCUUUUGUCAGACGAUGCUGCUCAUCCAGUUGCCAUUCUGUGGCAACAAUGUUAUCAAUCAUUUCUACUGUGAUGUUGGUCCCAUCUUGAAAGCAGCCUGUGCAGACACCAGCAUUUUGGAACUCCUCGGUGUCCUGGCAACCGUCCUUGUGAUCCCAGGGUCACUCCUCUUUACUAUGAUUUCUUAUGUCUACAUCCUGUCCACCAUCCUUCGGAUUCCUUCAGACACUGGCCGCCAAAAGGCUUUCUCUACCUGUGCCUCUCACCUGACAGUUGUCUCCCUGCUGUAUGGAGCUGUUUUGUUCAUGUACCUUAGACCCACAGCACACUCCUCCUUUAAGAUUAAUAAGGUGGUGUCUGUGCUAAAUACUAUCCUCACACCCCUUCUGAAUCCCUUUAUUUAUACCAUUAGAAACAAGGAGGUAAAAGGAGCACUAAGGAAAGCAGUGACUUCUCUGAAGACUGGUCAUGCAAAGUAAAACAUGCAACAUGUCAAAAUGAACUUAAUGCAGAUAAAACAUUAAAGGUGAGAGAGGACGGUGGAGACGUUUGGUAAAACAGG